CUUGGUUUAAAGUGUAAGCGUUGUUUAUUUCAUUUAUGUAUUUAAAGGACUACGAUUACAAAUCAUCCAUAAAUUUGACAAAGUACCAAGCAAAAAGAGAGUUGAACUAAUACCAGCAAAGAAGCGGAAAUUAAGCAAAAAAUCCUAAUGGAAAACCGAGAUAUGGAUAUCAUUAUCGAUACCUUCAAGCUUGUUGUAAAUUCCGUGAAAGAACAAAAAGAUACCAACAAUUUUUCACGAACUAUUAACAUGGUUCCUAGUGGUUUCCGAGAUCUUAGUCCGAGUUCUUUCGACCCUCGUGUGGUCUCUAUUGGUCCUCUUCAUAGACACGACGAAGCUCUACAACUAUUUGAAGACCAAAAAGCGACUUACGUAGAUUCUUUAUUGCAGCGUGUUCCUUCCCCACCAGAACAAACGUUAAAAGAAUGUUUGCUUAAGGUGGUUGCUUCAAUAGACAUGAUAAGAGCAUCUUAUCCACGCAUCGAGAAGGCCUACAGUGACACUGAGCUUUCCACAAUGAUGGUUAUGGAUGCUUGUUUCAUACUCGAAUUCAUUCUCAUGAUUUCCAAAUCCAGCGAUGAUCAAAAACAAUUGUUGCGUGGCUCACCUAUGAUAUAUGACUUAGUGCUGGUAGAAAACCAGAUCCCUUUCUUGGCUCUUAACCUCAUCUUUGACCUCACCAUUGCCAAAUCUCAACUUACAACCACUCUUAAUGAGCUUCUUCUUGAUCUUGUACAAUUUUUCAACAUCUUUGAAACAAAAUUAACAGUCAGUGAUAGAACUGUAGAUUUUCAUCUUGAUCAUAUUCUUGGAUUUCUAGAAACAUGUUACUGGCCAUCACUGAAAUAUACUCCUUCAGAAGGACUACCUGGUUCAGCAAUCCACUCAACUAUAGAGCUGAAUAGAGCAGGGAUUAUCUUUACUCCUUAUCGAGAUGAAAGAUGGCAAAUGACAAUGGAGUAUAAAUCAUCAAAGUUUCCCUAUUUUUCUUGGUUUUGGUUUAAGCCUAGUCUUAGAAUGCCAGUACUACGCAUUGACAACAUCACUGAGUUGAUUUUAAGGAACCUCAUUGCUUACGAACGAACAUCUACCUAUCCUAGUUAUAUGACUUCAUAUGCCGCAGCAAUGGAUAUGUUAGUCGAUACUCAAGAAGACAUUGCUAAGUUGAUAGAAUCAAAAGUCGUUCUCAACCAUUUAGGCUCAAACCAAAAGGCUACAAGUAUGAUUAAAAGCAUAUGUGCACCAAAUCGUUUGGAAAACUUUUAUUAUGUUGAUCAGUGCCAGGAGUUGGAUGAAUACUACAAUAGAUACUGGCCGAAAAACAUUGCAGUAUUGAAGGGUACAUAUUUUAGUAGUCCAUGGAAUACCAUUGCUCUACUUGCUGGAAUCAUCCUCUUUGCUCUUACUGUGGUUCAAACUAUCUAUACUGUCAAUGCAGCAUAGUGCGAAAAUUGUUUUGUGCAAAUGGUGUUGGAGAUAUAAUCUAGCCUUCAUGGAGUAAUUAAACAGGUUCUUGAAUCACAAUUAAGAUAUGUAUAAUAAGUAAUGGUUUCAAUCGUUCUUAUGUGAAACAUUGUGAUGAUUUGAAAGCAUUAGUAACUGAUGUACCUGUCAAUUGACAGUUACACAAAGCGACAAAAGAGUACAUAUAUGAAUAAUGUGAUGUAAAAUUGUUGUAGUAAUCAUUAAUAAAGAGUUAUAUUUUUCUGCAUAAAAGGAAUUCUUCCUACAAUCAUUUAUCUUCAAUGUUUUCUCCAACAUAGUAGUUUUAGAGGGUGGUUGAGAAGAAAAUUAGAAACACAUAGAAGACAAAAACAGAAAUAGGAGAAGAAAGAGAUGAGGGUUGGUACGCCAUCAGUGGUAGAUCAUUGAACACAAUGUAGGGUCUUUGGUGUCCUUCACAAUCAUCAAUUGGGAAGAAGAUUAAAAGAAAAGAAAACACGGAAUCAUUGAAAGAAGAUCCAGCUGAAUGUUUUUGGUAUGUUUCUGAGUGAUUGUUGUUUUCAUGGAGAUUGUUGGUGGUAUGCCCUACCUUUUAUGAAUCGUGUGUAAGAUUCAUACUUGCUUGUGCUUGUUAUUUUUAUUGAG